UUGCUCAUAUCAUUUAAAAAUUGGGCUUUGCUCUAGCUAGAAUAAGUUUUUCAAAAACUUCUCACGCUAUUCUUUUAAUUUUUCAUUGAUGUGUUCAUUACCUUAAGAUAUAAAAUAGAAAAAUAAUUAACUUUACAUCCCGAUUUAUAUUAUUUUCCAUAGUGAUAUAUGCGGUCUUAUAAAAACACAAAAUCGCCUUGUCAUUUUAUUUCUAGACUUAUUAUGGCAUCAUAUUUUGAUGAACACGAUUGUGAGCCCUUGAGAGAUGGUGAACAACCAAAUCAUUUGCUUCACAUGGCCAGGUUACUCCUAGACAGUGGAUUGGCAGCUGAGUGGGACAUGGAGUAUGAGACAGCAUUUGGUGGAGAGAGAAAAGUCCCUCCUGCAUCCAAAAAAUUUGUAGAUGAAUUACCUAGAGCUGUAAUCUCCCCUACAGAAGCUGCUUUGGAAAAGAAAUGUCCAGUGUGUUUAGGACUGCUUGAUGAAGAAGACGAGGCUAUUGAAUUACCAAAAUGUUCCCACAGAUUCCAUUCCAGCUGCAUUUUGCCUUGGCUACAAAGAGUGAAUAAUUGUCCCAUGUGUAGAGAGGAGUUCCCCACAGAUGACCCUGAUUAUGAAAACUUCAAGAAACACAAGGCGAGAGCGAAACAACGGGAGUUUGAAAUAGACACUCUGCAUGAUUCCAUGUUCGGAUAACCAGAAGUUUCCUUUAUAUCUAUAAUUUAGUGAUAAUUACGUGCAAUUGUGUACUGUGAGAGAGCAAAGUAGAGGCUGUGUAGUGUUGGAUGAAAUCUAUUAUCAAGCGUACUCAUAUAUAUACAAUGUACUGAUCAAUAGUCAAAUCCAAAGUUGUCAUCUAUACACUAUUUGAUAUAUUGUUGAACAUUUUGUCAUCCAAGAUAAUUGAAUUUCAAAUGUCUUUGCCUUUGAUAUCGUUACCAAUUGAAAUGAAAUUUCCUCAUGAAUGUGAACAAUGUGCGUAUGAAUCUUGAUAGAUAUAGUAUAACUAUUUCAAUGGCUGAGAAUUCUGACCGAAGCGAAAGUAAAAUUAAUGUAAAUGUAAAAAAUAUCAUUUUUAAAAAUAUUUGAGGGCAUGAACUGUGACACAUUACGCCAGCAUACAUAUACUUCAUGAAGUGCAUUGACGCUUCUUGAAAAGUGUGCUGGCGUGAAACAUUGAUGCUCAUACCCUCAUGUUUUCUCAAAAAGUCAAAUUUAUUUCUUAAUCAAAACUAUAUGCAAUGUAUGUAUAUGUACUUUGACUUGAUUAGUUGUAUGUAUUUUUUUUUUUUUUUUUUUUUUUUUUAUACAUAUGUGCAAUUUGUAAAUGAUGGAAGAAGUAGUGCCAAAUCAACUCAUACUUCAAGGGACUGGUUCACGUUUUUCGAAUGAAAUGUUUUUCAUUUUUGAUGUUAAAAAUAAAAAAUAUAGCUCAUUUAAUGUUGACAACCAAAAUUUGGACCGUCUGAAUGCAAGGAUAUGAGCAAUAUUUUAGCUUUGAUUCUGUGUUAUGUAAACAAAGACUCGAGUCUUUUUAUGUAAACAAACAAACUAGUGAAACGUUAAUUUUGUAAUUUAAAGCAUCUUCAUAUAGUACAAUUACAAAUUUUAACUUUUAAAUGACACAUUUUACCUAAAGAAUACUUGAGAUAUGAUAUAUAAUAAACUUGGAUGAAUAUCCAUUUAUUUUGAAAACCCCGUAAACAAUAACACACCUCAAUUUUUGUUUACAAAAAUAAAUAAUAAACUAUCUAUGAUGAGCCUCUGUCAUGAUGAAUAACCUCAAUUUUUUAGUGAAACCUUCUAAACAUAGUAGACUGUAUAUUUUGAUUAUUUAAAGUGAAGAACAAAAUUUGGAAGAAAAUCGUGAUCAGUCCCUUUAAAGAUAUUGCUAAAACAAUGUAUAAUAGGAAUCAGGGAUUCUUAGAAUUUACAAAACUAUGGGAUCAAAUGGGGGUGGGGUUUAACAUAGAACUCUAUGGGAAAGAAAUUCAUUCCAAAAUUCAACAGAUAUAACUUGACAAAUAUGAUAGAUAUAUUCCUGGGGUCUUCAGAAAUGAAUAGAGAAUGACAGGACGUACAAAUUAGUAUCAAGGUCAAGUUACUCCAGUGACCUUGACCUCUGACCUUAGAACAUAAAAUUGGUAUAUCUUAAGAAUCAGGUCUGAUAGAAACAUUGGGUCUUAAAAAAUGAUGAAAGGAUGAUGGGAUCUACGAAUUGGUAUCAAAGUCAAGUAUCUUGAAUGACCUCAACCUCUGACCUUGAAUAUAUCAACUCAUCUAGAACUGAAAUUGAUAGAGACAUGGGACCUUCAGAAAUUAUAAAAGGAUGAUAAAAUCUACAAAAUAGUAUCAAGGUCAAGUGACUAUGACCUCUGACCUUAGAACAUAAAAUUGGUAUUACUUAAGAACCAGGUCUGAUAGAGAUGUGGGAUCUUCAGAAAUAAUGAUCAUAAAAUUGAUAUUACUUAAGAACCAGGGCACCUAUUCACAGAAUAUCUUACGACUAAGAUCAAAAUUUACAAACACUGUAAUUUCCUUAUUAUUCAUUUCUUGUAGACUUUCUUAAUUAAUAUGUAAAGUACAUCCAUGGUUUAUAAAUGUUGAGUACAUACCUAUGACCUUGUGAUCGGUAUUUGAUCAUCAGACAGAAUUCUUUUUUUCAUCUUAGUCGUAAGAUAUGUUGUGAAUAAGGGCCCAGGUCUGAUAGAGACAUGGGAUCUUCAGAAAGGAUGAUGGGAUCUACAAAUUAGUAUCAAGGUCAGGUGACUCCAAAGUUCUUGACCUCUGACCUUAGAUCAUAAACUUGGUAUUACUUAAGAACUAAGUUUGAUAAAGUGAUGGAAUCUUCAGAAAUAAUAAAAUGAUACUUGGAUCUACAAAUUGGUAUUAAGGUCAAGUGACUCCAGUGACCUUGAAUUCUGACUUUAAACAUAAAUCUGGUAUAACUUUAGAACUGGGACUGAUAAAGAUUUGGGAUCAUCAAAAAUGAUAAAGUAUGUUGGGACCUACAAACUAGGAUCAAGGUCAAGUGACACCAGUUUUACUGAAGAAAAAAUUGAUUUUUUGAAAAAUUUCAAAAUCAAAAUCUUUGUGAUUUAGAUUUUGUAAAUGAUGUUGUAAUUGGCAUGGAUUUUGUCAAGGGAGGAAAAUAGUGGUACUCAGAAAAAGCCACUUUUACACAACCAGUUCUUCGUUUGGGAGACUUUAUACCCGGUAAUUGAUAGAUUAUAAUCAUAUCUUGUUGUUAGUUGUAACUUGGCACUUUUUCCAACAGUUAUAUAAAUCCCAAGAAUUCAAAUAAUUCCAGAAUCCAAUACACUAUUUCUAAUUAUUUGAAGACAUCAUCAAUUGAAUUACAUGUAUUGCAUGCUGUGAUUCAAUUAAUGAUAUCAUUGAACUAACUUAUGCAUGCAGUAAUUCAACUGAUAUCAUUUUAAUUCAAUAAAAGAUAUCUUUAAUCUGUUAAACAUAUCUGAUAUCUGUAAUAUAUUGAUUACAAUGCAUUGAUUAGAUUAUUUUCUAUGGUGUUGGGUCUUCGUUUGACCUGCUGAAGGGUGAUGAAAAGUGAAGAUAACGAACAGUGAUCAAUCUCAUAACUCCUAUAAGCAAUACAAAAUAGAUAGUUGGGCAAACACGGACCCUGGACACACCAGAGGUGGGAUCAGAUGCCUAGGAGGAGUAAGCAUCCCCUGUCGACCGGUCACACCCGCCGUGAGCCCUAUAUCUUGAUAGGUAAAUGGAGUUAACCGUAGUCAAAAUCAAUGUGCCAAGAAUGGUCUAACUAUCGGUGAGGAAUUGUAUCAUCAUUUAUUAUGUUUGUUACUGAUUGUUUCCAGAAAUGUGUCUAAUUAUUUCUGUAUACAGUAACAAACUGAAUAAGAGCUUUGUUUUGUCGAGGACCAAUAUGUCUUAUAUUCAAUGUGUAUAAGAAAGAAAUGAAAUUAAGGUACCGGAAGCUAUGCUGACGUCUAAAGGUUACUCAUUUAGACGGCAAUCACGUGGCGCAUUUUAUCUUUUAUUCCGAUCCAAUUCUUGUUUAAAUUUGAACAGAGUCGGGGAAUUUUUGUAAAUCCAGGUCAUGCUACCAUAAUAUAAGGACUGUGGUUUAGAGUGUUUAAUGUGACUAUGAAUAUUGAUCUCAAAGUUAGGUCAGUUAUAAGUAAUUCUUAUAUCGCAUUUGAUAAAUACAAUUUUAAACUCAA